UUAAAAUAAAAUAAGUGUAACGAUUUGUGACAAUGUAUCAGUUUAAGAAAAAAACUGUGACUAUAGAGUAAGAAAUAUAGUAGUGAUACAAUUUAGUAAAAAAACUCGGAAUUAUUUUGUUUGGAAACCCUCUAUAUACAAAAAAAAUGCAUUGAGGUGAGUUCUGGACCCAGUGAGUUUAACAGGAAAUUUUCUACUGUUCCCAGCAUCACAGUCCUGUCACAUAAGUGCUGUUCUGAGAUAACCACAGUUCCCAAACCAGGAGCAAUUACUGGUCUGUUCAGCUUGUGCUGGCCAUGUGCUGCACUAGCAUUUCAGUGUCUUAAACUCAAGAAUUUUUAAAACUACCCACAAUUUUAUUUGAGACUAAUGGAAUUUGAAGAUAUUCUUGUGCUAUACAUUGUGACUGAACAACAAAGGAAAUAACUUGAUGUAGCAGUCAUGUGAGCCCCAUGUUCAGAUUUAGUAUUUUGAGACCAUAAGGUAGUAAAUAUUUCUGAUUUCCAUGUGCAGAUGAUUUUGAAGCACACUUAAUGCUUACUUAAUGUUUCCAGUGUCUCAGUAAGAUGAAAUCUUCAGUCCUGUCCUAAAUGGCAGCUCUUCUUUCCCAAUAAGUUCUACACAUGGCUGCCAUGGCUCCUUUGGCAGAACACAAAGCACCCCAUAGUAUAUACGAAUGGAACUGGAGGAAUUUAUUUAAUUGCAAAAUAGAUACAGAUUUCUUUUCCCUGACUCUGGAAUGGUGUGGAUUUUUCUACGUCCCAUUUCAUCACACUUCUCAUCAUCUUUAACCUCUAGUAUAUCUGCAAAUUCAUAUGUCUGGAUAGCACAAAGUCAAAGAUGGAUUUUUUUUUUUUUGCUCUGAAAGCUAAGGAAGACUCAAAGAGCAAAGAUAAACAUGAAAAAAUAGUUCCUACAUAGAAAUACUGGCAGUCCAAUAUAAAAUUAUUUAGAGCCCACUCUGUUGAAAGUAUAGUUGCCCUUGAGAUGAAUAUAUUUGCAUUUUUCUGGUGCUGAGUGAUUGGAAGUGGUUGGAUAUGGCUCCAUUUUGCACCAUUUCUGUGAGCUGUGUGAACUCCAGUGUGGCUCUUUGGAGGACGUAGGUUAAAUCAGGAUGGAAUUUUGAGUGCCAGCAUUAGAAGAGCUUUCAGAGCACAAGUAAGCAGAUAUAAAGCUACUUAUAUCUGCCUGGCACACUUUCAAUCUCCACAGUUUCAAACACAAUUUAUCCUUGGAGUAAGUCAGUGGAAACCCUGUGACAGCUUUUAAGCUCCUGGUGAAUCUAACCUAACGUUUACUACGUCUUAGAAAAUUAGAAUCCUUUUAUGUUACAUCUUAGACCUUAGGACUGUCCAGCAAUGUUGGACUGCAUUUAGGACUACGUGUGGAAGAAUACACCUUACUUUUCAAUCUUUAUGUUGCUGUUUUGUAGGCUGUUUUACAUUAUAUUAUUUUUUUGCAAGUGUCAUUCAUGCAUGAUGACCACUGCAGAUAUGGUUUUCCUCUCCUAUUUCCUGUGCAGGAAUAUUUUUCAUUUCAUUGACUAAUAAGGAAAGUCAGGUAAAGCCUGACAGUAAUGUUGCAGCUGUGUCAUCCUGCACCUCCUUUGCAGUGUGCUUGACUCUAGAAUGAAACUAUUUUCUCUAGGACUGAUUCAUUGUAUGGCAUUUGUCUUCAUUUAUCAACGGUACAGUCGCUCAUUUGUCAGUUUGUUGCUUACAGACAUCUCUAUACUCUGAUUUCACAUGUGCAGGGAUAUUGUUACUGCAGUGGAGAGCAUCUGUUUCAUAAUCCUGUCUUAAAGGCCCUGAGAAGAGCAGAUCACACUGUAGACACAAUUCGCGCACAAAGAGUUGGCAGCCUCACUGAUGCCAAGAUUUAACUGGCAAAAUUGUAAGAAUAGUGUUGAAAAAGGAGAACAGAAGUUAAUUACCCCAGUGCUGGAAAGAUUGUGCAUUAGAAUGCACUAUAUUGGUUAUGUACGCUACAACAUUUUCACUUUUUUAAUACUGAGAUAAACAAACCAGACACGAACAGCCACUAACAUUUCAUUUAAGUGCUUUUAUACUACCUGCUAUAUGAGAGAAUCUACUACAUCAGUCUUAACUUCCUAAUUACAGAACCUACUCUUACUCCCAACAGAAUAUAACUCUUAGAUAUCAGACAUACCGAGAUUUUUUUUUUAUCAACCAGUGGAUUUGAAGCAACCAGUGGAUGCUUCCCAGUCUUGUUUUCAGGAUGCCAUCUGUACAUGAAUCUGUUUAUCCAUCUUGAUACAAUAAGUUUCGAGCCUUCAGUUCAGAACCAAAGGAAAUAUAGGCAGAAGUUUCAAACACAUUUUCGGAGCAUGUGAUUGGGCUCAGGAGAAAGACCUAAAUUGAUGCUACCUCUAAGAGAAAGACGUGCUGAAUAUUCUCUAGCAGCAAUUGCCUGGCGGGAAUGGUAUGGAAGAAAGGAAAUUGAAAAUACUGUUGUUGUUUUGGGGGAAGCAAGGAUAUAAACAGUUCACCUUUAGAAAAAAACAACUUGUUACUUCUACUGGCUGUGAAAUAACUCAGUUUUUUUUUUAAAUCAGUCUUACUCAAUUAUCCAGUGUAAGAAAAAUGAAGGUAGGAGUAAUUGAGACCCAUCAUUCCCAUACAAUUGUUCCCAGUGUGGUAGUACAAGAUACCAGCGAGGACCCUGAAUCAAUAGACAAAGGGGAAAACAGGCAAAGAUACCUACCUGGUGCACUUGCAUGCUACAAUAUUAACAACAAUAGUAAUAAGGAUGAAGAGAAGAAAAAGAAAAAAGAAAAGAAGAGCAAGCCAGAAAGAAAAAAAGAUGGAGAAACACAAAAGAACAAGGAAAAAAAGGAGAAAAACAAAAAUAAAGAUAAGCCUCAGAAGAAAGAAAAUAAAGAAGAGAAGAAGAAAGAUAUUUUCAUUAUUGAUCCAGCAGGAAAUUUGUAUUACAACUGGUUGUUUUGCAUCACAAUGCCUGUCAUGUACAACUGGACCAUGAUUAUUGCUAGAGCCUGUUUUGAUGAGCUUCAGCACGACUACUUAGCCAUAUGGUUUUUUAUUGAUUACAUUUCUGAUGCCAUCUAUGCUGCUGACAUGUUUGUACGGACAAGAACAGGUUACCUAGAACAAGGUCUUCUGGUGAAAGAAGAACAAAAGCUUCGAGAGAAAUAUAAGUCAUCUUUUCAAUUCAAAUUAGAUUUUCUGUCAAUGAUACCAACUGAUCUCUUAUACUUUAAGUUAGGACUGAAUUACCCAGAAUUAAGAAUAAACAGAUUACUCAGAGUAGCCCGGAUGUUCGAAUUCUUCCAGCGAACAGAAACAAGGACAAACUACCCAAAUAUCUUCAGGAUCUCUAACCUUGUCAUGUACAUCGUGAUUAUUAUUCACUGGAAUGCUUGUGUGUACUACUCAAUCUCGAAAGCCAUUGGAUUUGGGGCUGACACAUGGGUCUACCCCAACACCUCUGAUCCUGAAUUUGCCCGUCUGACUAGAAAGUAUGUCUACAGCCUCUACUGGUCAACACUAACCCUGACUACUAUUGGUGAAACGCCCCCUCCUGUGAGAGAUUCUGAGUAUUUCUUCGUCGUCGUUGACUUCUUGGUUGGAGUUUUGAUCUUUGCUACCAUUGUCGGUAAUGUGGGCUCUAUGAUCUCCAACAUGAAUGCUGCCAGGGCAGAGUUUCAAGCAAGGAUUGAUGCUAUCAAGCAGUAUAUGCACUUUCGGAAUGUGAGUAAAGACAUGGAAAAAAGAGUUAUAAAGUGGUUUGACUACCUGUGGACUAACAAAAAGGCUGUGGACGAAAGGGAAGUCUUAAAGUAUCUUCCAGAUAAACUAAGGGCAGAGAUUGCAAUCAAUGUUCACCUGGAAACACUAAAAAAAGUUCGGAUUUUUGCAGACUGUGAAGCUGGUCUCUUGGUCGAACUAGUUUUGAAACUCCAGCCACAAGUAUACAGUCCUGGAGAUUAUAUUUGCAGAAAAGGAGAUAUUGGACGAGAAAUGUACAUUAUCAAAGAAGGCAAGCUGGCAGUAGUUGCUGAUGAUGGAAUUACCCAAUUUGUGGUCCUAAGUGAUGGUAGCUAUUUUGGAGAAAUCAGCAUUCUUAAUAUCAAAGGAAGCAAAGCCGGCAAUCGAAGAACAGCCAAUAUUAGAAGUAUUGGGUACUCAGAUUUGUUUUGUCUUUCUAAAGAUGAUCUCAUGGAGGCUUUAACAGAGUAUCCAGAUGCAAAAGCUAUGCUGGAAGAAAAAGGCAAGCAAAUCCUAAUGAAAGACGGGUUGCUGGACAUUGAAGUUGCAAAUUUAGGAAGUGAUCCUAAAGAUCUGGAAGAGAAGGUCAGCUACAUGGAAAGAGCUAUUGACAGGUUACAAACAAAGUUUGCCAGGUUGUUGGCUGAGUAUGAAGCUGCGCAACAGAAACUGAAAAAAAGACUUACACAAAUCGAGAAAAUAUUGAAGCCAGUUAUAGAAGAAGAAUUUGCAAGCUUAGAAGAAGGACAUCUAUCCACAGAUAAACCUGCAGUGUCAAAAGCGGACUAAAACAGUGGACCUUGCCAAUAAGCCUUAGGGUCAAAUCCUGCAUGGGGCUGAAUACAUUUAUUUCUAAUCUUUGUAAGAUCUGACUACUAAUAAUGAAAAAUUAUUUGUUGAGGUAAUAUCACUAACUUACUACAAGCAGGUUUUGGGAAGGAAGAAGAAAUUGAGAAUGAAGAUGGAAGAUAACACCUUGCUUUCGCACAAACAGAUGGUAUUAUCCGCUAAUGCAUUAUGUACUCCUUAUGUAACACUGAUCUACAGCAUUCAGUCUAUAUACAGUCGUACACCGGCAAAUAUUGAACAUUUUACUAUGUUAAAAUAAUUUAAUCACGACUACUUAUAGAAAGAAUGAAAGGUUUGGUAACAAUUAUAUUAUUUGAAGUCAAUAUAGACAUGAACUAUGAUAUUAAAUUUGUGUAUAAACAAACACAGUUUAAUAUCUAUUGAUUAACAUGAUAACUAUGAGAUAUUAUAUAAAGAAUUAGGUGUAUCUACAAUGCAGAUGUAAGUAAUGAAGGCUGUAAGAUUUGGAAAAGAUUGUUACUUCAUUGGCUCCACCCUGGAUGAUUUCUUGAACGGUAAGUGGGCAGUUUUAAAUGGUGCUUUUUUCGGGAUAUUACAUGCAAAGGCUGUAAUAAAAAGGGGAGAAAAUAUAGCUUUUUCCAAGCAUUGGUAUGACAGUUACAGAUGGCUCAAAAUCUAGGUGUUAUUUCUGCAACAAUAACAAAUACAUAAUAUUGAAGACUCUUCUGCUCCAUGUAAUCAUAUGGCUGCUGAACGUGGACUAUCAAGUCUUUAAGAUCUAUGCUUAAAAAUUUUUAUGCCCUUAAUGUAAUACUUGUGGACGUUGGCCAAGUGCUAAGGGCAGACAUUACCAAAAGUGGCCAAACUCUCCCUGCUGCAUCUUCUGUUGCUGCUGUUGGGGAAAGCAUACAAUGACUAAACAGGGUUGUUGUUUUUCCACUGACGGGGUAUUUUUCUUCUGUUCGUAACUGCUACUAAGAUAAUAAAAUCUACUGUUUCAUGUUAGAUACAUUUUCAACUGCUUUAAGAAGCAUUUUCUCCUUGGAUUUCCCCCCUAAUUUAUGUCUUUUUCCAUUGGCAAAAAUUGGGUUUAUUAUUUGUGGUCUCAGAAGGGUAUUUUCAGUAAACUUUGAUCACAGCCAUUUAAUGUUGGAAAAGUUCGAUGACAGGAAUUGAAGAAAGGGACUGCAAGGGGAGAAUGUAUAGUUCUGUAUUUAGGGCAAUCCUGAGCAACAGGAGUGCCACUCUUAAAAAACACGUAUCUCAGUAUUACUAUCACUUCAUAAUAUCUCCAUAGUUUCAUCAUUCUCCUUAAUAACAUGGAGAUAUUAUAAAGUGGAUCAUUUGUGAAGUGCAUUCAUUUCUGGUUGUUUUAUUUUUUUGUAAUGUUGACAGGUUUCCAUAAUACCAGAAAUCUAGAAAUAACUCCUGAUUUCACUGUAAGAAUUAAAUGUUAUGAAGUAAGUAAUGCAUAGUAUAUAUAGGGAACAACAAGCAUAAAUAUAAAUAUAAGUAUGAAAUGGUUGUUCAUUCACUGCUGAUCCUGCGCUUUGAAUGAUAAAUGGAAAAACGUGCUGGUGGAAGGAAAGAGUACGUCAUCAUUUUGUUAAAGACUAUCCAUGUACACAAGAACAAGCAUUAUUCUGGCAUUCACCGUAUGGUGAAUGUUGGACUUUGCAGGCAACGUUCUUCCAACAACUCAAGUCUUGAACACAAUUUGCAACCUCUAUGGCAGCAGCAUCCUAUAGGGCUUGCAUCUUAUUUCACUAGGCACUUUUUUGUUGAAGAGUUUAAGACUUUGUAUUACAGAAAUAUGCAUAUGAUAAUGCUAUUUAAUUAAUAAAGGCAGAGAUCUACUUUUCACGUCUUUCUUUUAUGCAUUCUCCAAUCUACGACACAAAUUGUAGUCAGUAGCUGCCUCUUUCUGGAGGUUUCAAUACAGGAUGGGAGAUGAUUGAGAGCAGCCUUGCAGAGAAGGACUUGGGGUUGCUGACUGAUGAGAAGCUUGACAUGAGCUGGCAAAGUGCACUCACAGCGCAGGCCAAUCACAUCCUGGGCUGCAUCUAAAGAAGGGUGGCCAGCAGAGCGAGGGAAGUGAUUCUGCCCCUCUAUUCCUUUCUCGUAAAAGCGCACCUGGAGGGCUGUGUCCAGUUCUGGAAUCCUCAACAUAAGAAGAAUACAGAACUGUUGGUAUGGGUCCAGAGGGCUACAAAGAUGAUCAGAGGGCUGGAGCACCUCUGCUAUGAGGACAAGCUGAGAGAGUUGGAGUUGUUCCGCCUGGAGAAGAGAAGGCUCCAAGGAGGUCUUAUACAAACCUUCCAGUACCUGAAGGGAAGGGACUACAACAAAGCUGGGGUAGGGCUGUUUACAAAGGCUUGCAGUGAUAGGACUAGGGACAGUGGGUAUAAACCGGAGGGAGCAGAUUUAAACUAAACAUAAGAAAGAAUUUCUUCACGAUGAGAGGGGUGAGUCACUGGCACAGGUUGCCCAGGGAAGUUGUGGCUGCCCCAUCCCUGGAGGUGUUCAAGGCCAGGUUGGAUGGGGCCUUGGGCAGCCUGAUCUAGUGGGAUGUCCCUGCCCAUGUUAUGG